AUGUACAUUAUACAUUCUUUUCUUUAUGUGACGUCUGGUGGUUGGCUGGAUGAUACAUCCCUUGUGGAGAAAUACAAAAUUUCCGAUGAAGCAUAUGACAAACUUGAUGGUACAUACAGGAAGUUUAAGGAAAAAAUGGGACAUCAACAUUCAAAUAGCGAGUCUAAAAUUUCAGACAACUACAUGGAGGAUCUUUGUGCGAACAUAAAGGUGGGAGAUAGAUGUCAAGUUGAACCAGGGGAGAAAAGAGGGGUUGUGAAAUUUGUGGGUCGGGCUGAAACUCUUCAACCAGGUUUCUGGGUUGGAAUCCAGUAUGACGAACCUCUUGGGAAACAUGAUGGCCUUGUAAAAGGAAAGCGUUAUUUUGAGUGCCCGCCUCUUUGUGGUGGAAUGGUCAGACCGGACAAAGUCAUGGUUGGCGACUUUCCGGAACGAGAUCCUUUCGAGGAAGAUGAAAUAUGA